GUGUGUUUGUGCGUGGGGGUGCCUGAAUGGAACUGGAUGAAGGGGGGUGGGGGGGGGUCUUCAGAGAGGGGCAAAGCAGAGGGAAAAUCUCACUGCGGGCUGCACCAAAGUUUUCAGUUUCUCAUAUCUCCGCCCCUCCAUGUAUGUUAUAUAGUGAAACCUGAAACAGCAGCAGGCCUGUAUUUGGUGUCCCACUCUCUUCUGGAAACUGUGCAACAUUAUGAAAGGGCACACAGGUGAAAUGGAGAAUGCGUCCAAGGUGGAACCCUCCAACGGGCAUAACAGGCCGCUGGACAUUGUGCCCAGUAUGGAGGAGAAGAUGGCAGACAGGGGUCAGUGGGGCAACAAGCUUGAGUUUGUUCUGUCUGUGGCUGGAGAAAUUAUAGGCCUGGGGAAUGUCUGGCGUUUUCCCUACCUUUGUUAUAAGAAUGGAGGAGGUGCCUUCUUUAUCCCAUACCUCAUCUUCCUGUUUGCUUGUGGGAUCCCGGUCUUCUUCCUGGAGACGGCUCUGGGCCAGUACACCAGUGAGGGAGGUAUCACCUGCUGGAGGAAGAUCUGCCCAUUGUUUGAAGGAGUGGGUUAUGCCACCCAGGUGAUUGUAGCUCUGCUGAACAUCUACUACAUCAUAGUGUUAGCCUGGGCCAUCUUCUUCCUGUCCAACUCCUUCACAUGGGACCUGCCCUGGGCCUCCUGCAACAACACCUGGAAUACAGAUUCCUGUAUGGCAUUUCAGAGGGGGAAUAGCUCCAUCAAUCACCAUGAGAACGCCACUUCUCCUGUCAUUGAGUUCUGGGAGCGCAGGGUUCUGAGAAUUUCCUCAGGUAUUGAUCACAUUGGCUCUCUGAACUGGGACUUGGUUGUUUGUCUGGCCAUUGCCUGGGUCAUCUGCUACUUCUGUAUCUGGAAAGGAGUCAAGUCCACUGGCAAGGUGGUUUACUUCACAGCCACCUUUCCAUAUGCUAUGUUAGUGAUCCUGCUGAUCAGAGGGGUCACCCUGCCAGGAGCCUCCAGGGGGAUCCACUUCUACCUCUACCCUGACCUGGGACGGUUAUCUGACCCACAGGUGUGGAUGGAUGCUGGAACUCAGAUCUUCUUCUCCUAUGCCAUCUGCCUGGGCUGCCUCACUGCUCUGGGAAGCUACAACAAAUAUAACAACAACUGCUACAGGGAUUGCCUGUCCCUCUGUUUCCUAAAUAGUGGCACCAGUUUUGUUGCAGGCUUUGCCAUCUUCUCCAUCCUGGGUUUUAUGUCUUAUGAGCAGAACGUACCCAUCUCAGAAGUGGCUGAAUCUGGUCCAGGUUUGGCCUUCAUAGCCUAUCCUCGAGCUGUGUCCAUGAUGCCUUUCUCCCCUCUGUGGGCCUGCUUCUUCUUCAUUAUGAUUGUCUUUCUGGGACUGGACAGUCAAUUUGUGUGUGUAGAGAGCCUGGUGACAGCCAUGGUGGACAUGUAUCCCUCCACCUUCCGCCGUAAAAACCGCAGGGAGCUCUUCAUCCUGGCUGUGGCUGUGGUGUCCUUCCUCCUGGGGCUCAUCAUGCUGACAGAGGGAGGAAUGUAUGUAUUCCAGCUCUUUGACUACUAUGCAGCCAGUGGGAUGUGUCUACUCUUCGUGGCUAUUUUUGAGACUGUUUGCAUUGCUUGGAUUUAUGGUGCUGACCGUUUCUAUGACAACAUAGAGGACAUGAUUGGCUAUCGCCCCAGCCCUAUCAUCAAAUACUGCUGGCUUUUCUUUACCCCUGCAACAUGCUUUGGAACCUUUGCCUUCGCCUUGAUCAAGUAUUCGCCUCUGAAGUACAACAAUGAAUAUAUAUAUCCAUGGUGGGGCAAUGGGAUUGGCUGGAUCCUGGCCCUGUCCUCCAUGCUGUGUAUCCCUCUCUGGGUGGCUGUGAAGAUGUAUUACACCCCUGGAACACUCAGAGAGCGCCUUGCUGUCUUGACCACUCCUUCAUCUGAGCUACCGAAGACUAAACAGGAGCAAGAGAAGCUGCUCGCCAUCUUUGCGGCAGAUGGCGACAGUCUGCAUCAGAAAGCAGCUCCUACUAAGGACGGUUACUUCCCUGUUGAUGAAAAAGAGUCCCAUUGCUGAAGAACUGAGGGUUGUAAUCAGAGCCUUGCAUGGGGUCAAAGGUCACUCCUCAAAUUUGACACUCUGUCUGGCCCCUUCCCAACUCUCUCUGCAAUACCUCACCAGACAAAGUGAUGAAACACGCACAGAUGCAGAGUUUAAGAGUUACCUGACCUGUAACUGUUGAUCUGCUGCUGGAGUUUUCUCCUUUGUACACUGCCUUCUACAUACAGUAUGAUGGCAUCAACAUUCUUACUUAAAGAUCUCCAUCCUUUUUAGGAGAGCUGGUUAUCAUCUCAAUUGCCAGUGGCAGAGUCACAUGUACAUUUGAAGAAAAAAAAAAUGUGGCCAUUGUGGCUACACAGUGGCUAAGAAUUUCAUUUGUGUCUGCUUUCUGAGGAAGCAUUUUUUUCUGUUAUGGACAUCUCUAAUGUUCAGUUAGUUUGACAUUACAUUCCAGUUACUUUACUUAUUCUAACAGCUGGAGCUUCAGAUGGAGCAAAGGUGGUAUCAAAUGAGUGCACAGAUCAUAAAAGUUCACUUUAAGAAAAUCUGUGUUUAAUUGCACUUUUGUGAUGUACACAGUACAACUGUAU